AUGAGCAGUCUGUUACAAUCCGUGUGCGAUCGCAAACCCAUCGAGACCGAGUCCAAGCAUCUCUACCUGAACAUCCCGAAGCUCGGAGAUGAACUCAAGUCUUGGUACAACGACACGGCCGCUAAAUUACCCUGGUCCAAGAGUGCAGCCUCCAUUAUGAAGUCUGAGUUCCACGUGGACAAUGAGCUUCAACCCCGAUGUGUCACACGCGAUCUCAAAUG